AUGGAGGAUCCUUUCGUUUCGAGCCCGGAAGGGCCUGCAGGUUCUCGCGAACCUCACCGGUAUUCUUCCUUCGACACACAACUCUUCAGUUUGAACGCAUCGUCGCCCUCUCAAGCUAAGCGAGCCCUUGAGGCGCAUCUCGCCGAAACCGAGCGCAGACUCCAGGAGGCUUCCAAACUGGGAACUGCACUCAUCAACCAGCAGAAAGAACUCUCCGAGAAACUGCAAGAAGUCGAACAACAGCGCGAUGAAGGAGAAGUCGGACCCGAACUGCGACAAAAGCUCAUCGAGUUGGAAAAGGAAUAUAAUGAAAUCGGACGUGAAAGCGCUCGAGCCUUUCUAGCCCCGAAGCGAGCUGUCAGUGGCGGAGAGGGAACGCCAAUAGUUGAUUUGCGCUCACCAGCCGCAUCUGCCGUAUUCACCAGCCAAGCCAGCGCAUCACCAUCAAAAGUCAGCGUUCCUUCGCGAAAGCAAAGAAACCAGCCCACUGGCCGUGUUCAUGACAUCGAGUUUGCAACCGAGAUUUCGACAUCUCUUCUUGCUCAAGUACGCCAAUUGCAAGGACUUCUAGCCGAACGGGAAGAAUCGCUAAAAGCUGCAAAUUUGGAAAGUUCAAGACUCGAGCUCGAGGCAGAGGGGUUUUCGCAAAGAAUCCGCGCUCUGGAUGAAAGUGAACAACGCUACAAAGACGAAAACUGGAACCUGGAAACCCAAACCCACGAGCUCAUAAAUGCUGCCAAGGAUUCCCAAGACCGUGAGACUAAGCUUAAUAGUGCUCUAAGUUCCCUGUCCGCUGAAAAGAGCAAAAUUGAACGGGAAUUGGAAGAAUUGAAGCAGAACAAUGGAAAGCUCUUGGAGGACCAAGCUGCUGCCCAAAAAGCACAUGAUUCCGAGACUCACAUGCUCCGCAGAAACUUGAACAGUGGAGAUGCAGAACGACUUACUCUCAACGCCAAAGUUGAAGAACUGACAAGCCAGAACCAAGAACUUGCCAAGGCCGUUGCAUCAAUGCGAAGUCGCCAUUUAGAAGCAGAAACGCCACGGCCCGUUCGCUUUCAGUCCGAAGAUACAGAGUCAGAGCGUGAUACCCCAGAUAACUCACCGCCUCCGUCGCCCAACAAACAGACCCCAAGACACGGCCAUCUUGAAACAGAGACAAUCCGCAGCUCUCUAGGCCAUGCUCAUCGAAUGAUUCAGAACUUGAAGAGCAACAUUCACCGAGAGAAAACGGAAAAGAUCGAGCUCAAACGCAUGUUACAAGAAGCCAGGGACGAACUCGAGACACGUCGACGUGACAACAAUCCACCUGGAAGUGGAGCGAAGCGCCAAAAGAUCAAGCCAGACACCUUCAAAAAGCCUCUUCCUCGGUCAGAUCUCCUUGGCCCCGGUCGAAGAGGUCGCACAGAAAUCUCUUUGGAGGAGCCGGAUUGGGAAGAUCACACCAGCGAAGCAAGCCCGACCAGGACGGUCCGAUCGAAAGGGUCCCAACGAGUCCUUCCUUCCCGAGAGACCACUGAUGCCAGUGAUAUUUACCAAACCGCUACCGAAGCUGAAGACGCUUUCGAAACCGCCAAUGAACGGGAAACUGCAACUGAAAGCGAAGCUUUCCAGACCGGUGCUGAGAGUCUGGCUGAGGAUAGCAAUGGUGACCUUACCGAAACUGAGGAUAGAGGAACACCUCGCCAAGGCACGCUCGGCCGUCGAAGAGUCCCGUCUCAACUGGUUAUGGCGAAGGCUGGCAAUAGAACUUCUUACUUAAGCACAGCGUCUACUUCCGACGAUGAGGCCCCUGAAGUCCACACUCCCGUGCAAUCUCAGCCUCAACGCCACCGUGUGAAAGUCAAUAAUAGGCCUGGCUACAGACGCAUACGUCCCUCUGGAGAGGCGCCUAUGGCAUCCUCGAUCAAUGACACUUCUAGUACUCAAAACUCCCCGGUCAGCUCCUUCCAGCACGAGAAUCCGGCGCCCAUGGGUCAAAGUCUCUUUGCAGAGCUAGAGGAACUCGGAAGUCCUAGCAGUGAUGGCGAAUUUGGCACGCCCACGCGGUCCACUCAUAUGUUUUCACAGCCAUCAACCCCACUUCAAAAUUCAGUGAUUUUGGAUAGGGAAAUUUCUCAGACGCCUAUAUCUUCGCGGCAGUCGACGAUGGUGGACUCUUCUACAAUGACGGAACCUUGGGCACCUGAAGUCGUCGUUGCAGCCACACCAGGACAGACGCCCGAAAAUGAUUCGGCAACUGGCACAGCAUUACCAGAUUCUGUGGACUCAUCAACCCAGUAUACGCCUACCAAGCUUUCCACUGGACAUAAUUCUGAGCACGUGGCAGCUGUCCCAACACCGCCAAAGACAAUAUGGGACGAAUCAACUGCAGUUCGCGAGAAGGACAUGACCAACGGGUUCCAAACUCCAGUCAAACGCCACCUAGAUGUUUCUAUAAUCCAAGCGGAAGAGACAACGCCAAUUGCCCCUGCAGUUCGUGAGUUAGCACUGUCUACUGUAUUCGCUCAAGAGAUAGAGCCAGUAGCACCGAAGUUGCCAGAGCGUGAAGUGGUUGUUGCUGUCGACCAAGAUACAAAACCCAAAUCGGCAGACCUUACCUUGUCCUCGAUUCUUAGCGAACAGACUGAACCAGUUCCUUUCAAACUACCGGUGCCGGAACCUGUUGUCGUUGAGCCAGUACACGAGCCUUCCAUCAAAUCGACGACCCAAUUGUCUAUCUCGUCGAUCUAUUCUGCACAAACAGAGCCUAUUCCAAUCCAAAAACCGCCCUCCCCAGUUCCCACCCCACUAUUCUUUUCUUAUAUCCAAUCUAUAGAGACGUUGCCCGAGGAGCCUGUUAUCAUAAAGCCUGAAGUUGUGCCAGUCCCUAUUGUGGACGAGUCAUUAUCCCGGCCUGUAUCUGCUGUACGCCGAACUGACCGUGAUUUUGAUCUCGCUCCUCACAAGAAACCCUCAACUAUCUUUAUUUCGGAAGACGCCACUAGCCAGGCUUCUCGUGAAUUAGAGCUCGAAAAUGAGCCCGCUGAGUCGAACUUGCCUUUGAGUGACAUUUCUGGCAAUGGCACUUCCCGGGAAGCCAAGAAUAUCGUGGUUGAGAAUACUGACCAAUCUGCUCAAACUAUUCUGUCCUCCAAGCAAAUCGACCAACUGCUUAUGGACCGUAUGGCAGCCCGUCCAUUUACGCCAUCCGAGCCACGAUCGGUGUCUGGGUUUGAUUCAACUAUAAAUUCUCCUGGUGCCACUCCCAAAGCUAAAACUCCCAUUGUCGAAAUCAGUUCUGUUCCGACGAUGGAAUCUACCCUCAAACGACCUGGAAGUGCCAAUAGUGUGAGAAUAGGCUCUGCUGGGAGUCAACACCCACCUCUCCCGCCAGACCACAAGCAAGUCAUUGCAGCAGCACAAAACUCUCAGAGCCCUGCGGGCAUAAUGGGACCUCCUCUUGCACCAGCGUCGGCUUACAAAACGAGCAGGCGUCCCCGAACGCCAAACGAAGGUGCUACCUCGAUUCGGUCUAGAUCAAGACGUGAAAGCCAAACAUCGACUGCACGCUCGUCUUUGUCUUCGUUUGUCUCCGAGCUCGAUGUCAGGUUUAACAUGCAUCCAGACGACUUACCUCAAGGUAUACCAAGUGGAACAGACCCACGCAUGAUCCAGGCAAUUACUCAGACUAUGAUUGGAGAAUAUCUCUGGAAAUACACGCGCAGGACUGUGACGGGUGAUAUGUCUAACACUAGACAUCGUCGCUACUUCUGGGUCCACCCUUAUACUCGCACACUCUACUGGAGCGACCAGGACCCGUCCAACGGUGGAAAGAAUGAAAGCCGAGCGAAGAGUGUUGCUAUUGAAGCUGUUCGCGUAAUCACUGAUGACAACCCUUAUCCCCCUGGUUUGCACCGCAAGAGUCUCGAAGUCCUUACCCCUGGACGUCGUAUACGGUUUACAGCUGCCACAAGUCAAAGACACGAAACAUGGUUCAACGCCUUGUCAUACCUUCUUCUACGGACCGAGGAUGAGCGACAAACAGGAGAGCAUGAGAUGACCGCAGAGGAUGUGGAAGAAUUCAAUCCUGGUAUUCGAAGCCAUUCACGCCAAACGGGCCCGAGAAUGUCCGUGUCUUCUUAUCACAGCGUCAGAACAAACACAUCUAAAGCACGGGCGACAUCGUCGUUGUCAAUCCGCCCUCCAGUAACACCUGGCCGCGUGUCGCCCGCACCAAGCUCACAGCAAAACUCAACUUUUCGCCACCAGAGUACAUCGUCUCGUUUGAGUAGCGUCCUGAAUGCUACUGUUCGAGGAUCCUUUGCAAGUAUCAGAGGCAAACGUGCUCCGAUUCCUAGCGAGGAAGCCUUCGCUAGUUACAAUGCGGAACACGAUAGCGCGGAGGACCUACGACAGGUCAUUGAGCGUCAGGAACGUGAGGCAGAUCGCUUAGAGAACGUUCGUGCGUGUUGCGAUGGUAAGUUUAACUGCAAAUCCCUUAAAACUCAAAUGUUUAUAUCUGAUAAUUUCCAUAGGCAAGCACGACCUAACACUAUAACGAAACCCAAAGACUACGCAAUCGUAGUAUACGAAACAGUCUUCAGGCAUAAACAACCGCUAGCACCGAUACUCCGCUCCAGCGAGAUUCAAGAUGAAGCCUUUGGUCGAUUCUGGGUCAAUCUCUCUGUGCCACCAAACGAGAACGAAAACAACAAGCAGGUUGUUCCUGAGCAGCUCGUCGGCUCUUCGACCUUGAUCCCGCCUUUGCUCGCCAAAUGUCGCGGCGUCGUGCUGGAUAUUGGACCGGGAACAGGCUCGCAAAUGCCGUAUUUCGCCGCGCCAGCUGCAGCCGCGAAUAUCUCGGAAAUCUACGGCGCAGAACCAUGUACGGGGUUGCAUGCCCAGCUCCAGAAGCGGGUGGUUUCAAACGAGCUCGAUGGGAAAUAUCACAUCGUCCCGGCUAGCGUCGAGAAACAGGAACUAAUCAGCGCGCUUCAAAGGCAAGGCGUGCAGAUCGAUGAUGAUGAUGAUGAUGAUGAUGAUGAAGUCGUCGCCCAAAAGGGUAUUUUUGACACGAUCGUGUGUGUUCGUGUUCUCUGCUCAGUGCCGGAGCCUGACAAGACAAUCGCGGAUUUGUAUUCGCUGCUACGCCCUGGGGGACAAAUGGUCGUUGUUGAGCAUGUUGCUAACCGAUUUCCGAGAAAGACAGGCGGUAGUUUGCUUGCGAGGUUUAUGCAGUCUGUGUAUAUGUGGAUGGGCUACAGUUUCUUUGUCGGCAGCUGUCGUCUCGAUCGAGACACUAUGACGUAUCUUUGCAACGCGGCAGAUCACGAUGGUGGAUGGGAAAAUGUUGACUUGCAGGAGAAUUUUACGUGGUCAACCAUGCCUUAUAUCUCAGGGACCUUGGUGAAAAGACAGGAGGAUCCAGAUGUCGCAUCCAAUAGAUAG